AUGCCACCCCGAUCCAUCAUAGACAGCCACAUUCACCUCUGGCCGCCCGAAACAAGCAAUGAUGCCGGACACGCCUGGAUGACACCCGGCCAUAUCCUCGCCAAGCCACAUCUACCGCAAGACUACCACGCCGUCACCGACAAAGCACGGUCUGCCGACUCUGAGGGCUCCGAAGUCAGUGGCGUCGUCUACAUUGAAACAGACGUCCGCUAUGACACUCCCAAUAACACGGACAUUGCCACCUGGGCUCGCGGGCCCUUAGACGAGAUCUCCUUCCUCCGCUCCAUCGUCGAAGGCAACUACGGACCCCGCGAUGCCAGCACACUCCUCGCCCUUGUUCCAUGGGUACCAAUGGACCAGCCCACCCCAGUCCUUGAAGGCUACCUCCGCCUAGCCGAAGACCGCGCAGGCCCACACACAUGGCAACGUACCCGCGGUUUCCGCUUCCUCCUGCAAUCCAUCACCCCCCAGUCAUCCUUCGAAGCGCUCGUACUAAGCCCAACCUUCAUCUCCAACCUGCAACUCCUCGGCCGCCGGGGCCUCUCCUUCGAUGUAGGCGUCGACCAGCAUUCGGGCGGGACGUGGCAACUACAGAUCAUGGCGAAAGCGAUGCAUUUGGCCCAUUCCGACGUUCUCGACGAGAAGGACAGGGUUAGGUUCAUACUCAACCACCUAUGCAAGCCGAAAUUCGACGAUGAGGUCCUCCCUCAGAACCGUGCUGACUCCAGAAGCGACUUCGAUGCUUGGUGCGACGCCAUCUCCUCGAUGGCAGCCUGCUCAAACACAUACAUGAAGCUAUCCGGUGCGUUCAGCGAACUGCCUCAACCCAUUGGCUCGGCGAAGGAGGUGGCGACGGCCAUGAAGCCUUGGCUAGCGCACGUACUGGAGUGCUUCGGGCCCAAGAGGGUGAUGUUUGGCAGCGACUGGCCCGUUUGUAACGUCGGUGGACCUCAAGGAGAAAGUAGCUGGGUGGCUUGGAAGGACGUGGUCAAGGCUAUGUUGAACAAUGCGGCGUACGGGUUGAGUGAAGAGGAGAAGGAGUGGAUCUGGUGGAGGACGGCUGCGGAGGCUUAUCGCAUUGAGUUGGGCACUGCGACACCAACAUAG